AUGCCGUCGUCAAUCAUUGCUACCCUUGCGGUUGCGGCAACGGCCGUCUCCGCCCAGUUCGUGACGGCGCCGUCGAACCUGACGCUCAAGAAAGGCGCCGCUGGCGUCAAUGUGCGGUACAAGGAGGUUCCCACCGGCAUCUGCGAGCUGGACCCCGACGUCAAGAGUUUCUCGGGCUACGCGGACGUGGCUGAGGACCAGCAUGUUUUCUGGUGGUUCUUCGAGGCGCGCAACCAGGACCCGACGACGGCGCCGCUGACGGUGUGGAUCAAUGGAGGCCCCGGAAGCUCGUCCAUGAUCGGUCUGUUCCAGGAACUUGGGCCCUGCGGCAUUGAUAUCGACGGCAACGUCUACAACAACCCGUACUCGUGGACCAACGCCAGUAACAUGCUCUUCAUCGACCAGCCCACGCAGGUCGGCUUCUCCUACUCGAUCCCCGUUCCGGCGUACACAUCCGAGCAAGGCGACAUCGUCGUGCUUCCCAACGCCACCUGCCCCGACUACGCGUCCGACUGCGGCACCUACUCGUACCCGAACCUGACCCUGACGGCCAACUCGACCGACAAUGCGGCACCCAAUUUCUGGAAGACGCUGCAGGGCUUCAUGGGCGCUUUCCCCGAGUACUCGCAGAACGGCUUCCACUUCACCACCGAGAGUUACGGCGGCCACUAUGCCCCCGUCUUCAGCGACUACAUCGAGCAGCAAAACGCCAAGAACAUCACCGACGCCGUCCACAUCGACCUGCAAUCCGUCCUCAUCGGCAACGGCUGGUUCGACCCGCUCACCCAAUACCAAGCCUACUACAACUUCUCCAUCUCCCCGGGCCACACCUACGACUACCAGCCCUUCAACUCCACCAUCGCCGACCUGUGGUACAACAACCUCUACGGCCCCGGCAACUGCUACGACCAAACCGCCGCCUGCUACGCCUCGGGCCGCAACGACGUCUGCGCCGCCGCCGACACCUUCUGCUACCAAGAAGUCGAGAACCUCUACGACAUCUACUCGGGCCGCGACGAGUACGACUUCCGCGAGCUCACCCCGGACCCUUUCCCUUACUCCUUCUACGUCGCCUACCUCAACGACCCAGCCAUCCAACACGCAAUCGGCGCCGCCGUCAACUUCUCCGAGUCCAACGCCGCCGUCUCCACCGCCUUCGCCUCCACCGGCGACGACGACCGCCCCGUCCACUCCCUCGACCACGUCCGCGCCCUCCUCGAUGCCGGCGUCAGCGUCACCCUCUACUUCGGCGACGCCGACUACAACUGCAACUGGCUCGGCGGCUCGGCCGUCGCCGACGCCAUCGCCGCGACGGGAUAUGAGGCAGCCGGCUUCGUCGACUUGCAGACGUCCGACGGCGUCGCGCACGGCCAGGUGCGCCAGGCGGGCGCGUUCGCGUUUGUCCGGAUCUACGAGAGCGGCCACGAGGUCCCGUUUUACCAGCCGCUCGCCGCGCUGGAGAUGUUCGAGCGCGCUCUCGCGCGGAGGGACCUGGCGACGGGCGAGGUCGUCGUGGACGGUGGUUAUGUGACGGUGGGGCCGCGGGAGAGCACGUAUAGGGAGGGCAACGCGACCGUGCAGAUGGAGGUGCUGCCCGAGGAUGCGACGUAUAACACGACGCUGAAUGCGCCUGAUCCGAUUGUCAAUGGGACUGAGGUGGAGGAUGACUCGGCGAGCGGGAAGAGGUUGGCGAAGAGGGGGUCAAAGAAGAGGGAUAGGUUGUUUAAGCCGAGGUUUCUUUGA